CGUUUAGUUUAGCUGUAGUCAGUGUGCGAAUUGGUCGUUCGAAAUGGUCAAAUUUAUAGAAGGCCUAAAGGGUAAAAUCACAGCGGAACAUGUGGCCAUAUUCUUUGGUCUGCUGUCCACAUGUCUGAUCGUCGCUCUGGUCGUUGUUGUGGUCCACAGGGACAAUCUGUGGCUGCAGCUCAACGAUGCUAGAGAGAAACUUGAUGUACUGGAGGAUUAUAUACAGAGCAAAGACCUGUCUAAUCUAAGAAAUCUGUUUCAAGCGCAUUUACGCAGCGAAUUCUAGUUAUUAAAAAACGUUGCUCAAAUAUGGCUUAAAAGUAAUAAAAUAAAAAAACA